GGUGACCCAGCGGCAAAACAUACUCUCCGCUGGACCCCAACACUUGUUCACACGUUGCUAGGUUCCUCAAACCGAGUGUGUGGUUCUAUGUACCCAUGUUCCACUUGAUGAAGAGGAGCUCCACGACCCUAUCUGACUGAAAUGAGCACGAAUGCCGCCUGCCUUUGGAGUACAUGGCCAUCUGUGGCCUAAUGGGAGUACAGUUUCGUGACAAGUGGCAGUCAGAGGCAAUGAUGUGUCAAUCAGAGGACGGACAAGGCCUGAGCAGUCCUGACCCACUGGUGAGGGAGGCUUUUCUGAUGGCCUACGACUACAUAGACUUCGUAACCAAAGGGACGGCAGACGAGCCUAUGGGCCCUGCCCCUACAGCCUGCACCGCAGCCCUGCGACACGCCGGGGACGAGCUCCUUACUCGCUUCCCCAUCUUCUUCAGGCGCUGGCCUCGGGUCUUCCAGAAUGUGAAGGAGAACACGGCGUGCCCCAUGCUCAUUAGUAUCCUGGAUGAGCAUUUCUUCCCCCCGGUCCCCAGGGGGCGUCACAGGGACUUGGCUUGGAGCGCGGUGCUAUCGGUUUAUGUGCUGGCAGGACAGAUGGCUCUGCACUGCAACGAGAGGGGCAUGGCCACGGUUCUACCUCAGCUGAAGGAGUGCGUGGGCGCCUACGUCGAGAGAGUCAUUUGCCCUGAAAUUCGAGAUAAGGGAGGAUGGACGGGUUUUGUGUCACGCUUUGGUCAGAAGGAAAACUUGGAGAAUCAAGUGAAGAAAAUUUGCUGUUGGACACUGUUAAGCCUGACCAUUUGUAUUCUCACCUACUUAUUAUGGAAGAAAAUAAGUUAGCCAACAUUGCCCCCUUGUGGCUGUAAGGGUACCAUUAGAAAUAAUUGUCAACCCCCAUUAUGAAAUCCAGGGCAUUUUUUAAUACUAUUUGAAGAGGGUGUGCCUGGAGCCUCCUUUCCCAACCCCCCCAAAAGUAAAGGACUGGUUGAAUUGGAUAAUCUCGCAAGCUCAGAUGAAACCAUUUCAAAUUUUAAUUCGAACCAGUUUGUGAACUUUGAUACCAAUGUAGUUACAUUACUGAAUCCACAUGCACUGAAAACGGAUUGUUACGGUUAAUUAAUCUGAACUCAUGUUUACUGACUACAGACCAACUCAUUUAAAUAAACAAAUGACCU